UAUGUGUCUGGCUGGCUGCGCUUCCACUCGGACAAUAUCAGGGGGUUUGGGGUGGGGGGAGGCAAGCUGGACACUUUACUGCAGGACUGGGAAUACAAGGAGCCCAUGGGUGUCCAGGGUGAGUGCCCUGCUUAGUGUAUGGACUACUGGAGCCUGAGAUCUGGCUGACAGCCCUGCCUUUGGGAGCUGGGGAAGUACAGGGAAGUCUAGGGAUCCUCUCCUAUACAUCUCGCUUGUGAAGUCUUCGCCCAAGCUGUUAUGGGUCCAAAGGACAUCAAGAUAUGACCGAAUGAGGCUUACCCAGCUGUCAGCGGCUCGAACUGCGGAUCUUUCCCACGACUCCCAUGGUGGCUGUUUGGAGUGGGAAAGAUUUACACAUGGCUGUAUGAAUUGGAAUUUAGUCUGCUAUGGAAACCUGGCUGGGAGUGUCCUGCUUCCUGAUGCUGAGUCUGAUUGCGGAUUGGGCAGGGAGUGUUCAGUCAAGAGAUUUUACAGUGCAAGAUAUAGUCUACCUUUAUCCCUCAACGACACCGUAUCCGGGUGGAUUUAAAUGUUUUACCUGCGAUAAGGCUGCAGAUAAUUAUGAUUGCAAUCGUUGGGCCCCUGAUAUAUACUGCCCAAGAGAGACCAAGUACUGCUACACUCAGCACAUCAUGAAUGCCACAGGGGAGAGUGUGCUGGUGACAAAACGCUGUGCAUCUCUGGAGCAGUGCCUAAAUACCGGCUGCAGGGAUUCUGUCAAUAAGAACCAGAAGGUGUGCACAUCAUGCUGUGAAGGGAACAUUUGUAAUUUGCCGUUACCGAGAAAUGAAACAGAUGCCAUAUUUGCAACAACAUCGCCGCUCAGUAACUCAGACAGAAGCACAGUGCAGGGUCCAACAGUGUUAGCAUGCCUGUUCCUGCUGUGGCUCUAUGGGACGUAAAGACUACUGGCAGAUACACUGAGGCAAAUAUGAAAGGCAGCCAUGUAUGCCUAGUACUGAGUAUUCCAGGCUGUCCAGUGAAAUCUGUUUGAUGGAUGAUAAUGAUAUCUCAAUCUCCUCUCUGCAUCUGGAAUGGGUCAAUGGAAUGCAUAACUUCUCUUUGAGCGAGUUCAUACAGAGCCUCGUGAAAAAAGGAGUAUGGAAAUUCAAUUAGCUGUUCUCACCGACAACCAGGUAGCGCCACUAUAUAGACAGUGGGAAGUAUAUUAUACAUUCAGAAGGAAGACAUGUAUACAGAACACCAACUGGAAUUCCAAAUUUUCCUUUCAUUUCUAUGGAGCUCUCUAAUGAGAAGUUGUGUUUGUUUGGAGACCUCAAUUUAAAUGUCUUUGCAGUGUCCAAUAACCGCUGCAUCUGUUAUCAGUGAGCACCCCUGUUGGAUUUAGUCAACUCUGAGCAGUCUCGUGGUUGGCUGAAGGUUUAAUUAAGUAUUUUAUAUGAGAUGUAAUGGCUAUUUAUGUUCCAGAAGUUAAAAAGAUCAUAUCAGACGUCAGAUCAAUAUUUGAUGAUAAAACACUAAAAUGUAUAGCAUUUCCUCCUGCAGCACAUGCAAUUGUAUAUAUCUUUGUAUAGCUCUGAUUCUACCAAUGUAUAUUAUUGCUUUGCGCUUUUCAUCUAAGUUAAGAACUAACUGUGGCUGAGCUUCCAAUUAGCUAAACUACCAGCAGGUGCCGGGAACUUUCUUUAGGUGGGUGGAAAGUGAGAUAAAAGUAGGGAUUAAUACCCUGGACCUGGCAGUGCAGCAAUACUAGGCAGCAAAAUGGGCAGUACUUUGGCCAGUCUGCCGUAUUUGCAGUACAACUCCCGGCAUCACGUGACACCUUUCGGGGUCACAGUUUAUAGCUUAAGAGCUGAAGCCUGGAUAAACUGCUAUAAAGGUCUCCAUGAAAAUUGGACAGCAUAUUAGCAUUUAAAACUGUGGGAAAUGGUAUUUUGGGGUAGGGAAGUUACUUCUUCUGCAACAGUACUUAAUAGAGUGUGAUUGAUAGAAAGCAAACUCUUUCCAUUUAAGGGAAACUGUGGGGCUGGCCCUCUUGAGUGGGGGGCCCAGAGCAGUGACAAGGGGGCUUAGCCUGAAGGCCAGUUAAGGUAAGAUCUGGAGAGAAUUUGCUCCUCUAGAUACACCAGAAAAACCCAACAUGAAGGCACGUUAGGGUGAGAUGGGGUGGGUGCUUAUUUGUACCCUGGGCACCCCUAGAACUAUAGCAGGGUGACUGUUAUCCCAAUGUUUCUAUAUAUCUGUAACAUUUUAUAAGCUACUACUGAAGGCCAGUCGGGGUGUGAAAACAUAUUUUUUGCUCUAUAUAUUCUUGCAACUAUGACAAUGACAAAUGCACCAAUGUUUCCCUAUAUCCAUAACCUUAUUAGAAUAGAAGGUGGCCCUGAUCAAAGCAAGAGGGGCUAUAACCGAAAAUAGCCUGACAUACACUGUUCUUAUUCCACCCUGUUAGACUUUAAGCCCACCCCUUUUCCAGUAAGCCCUGCCCCCCUUUUCAAUGCAGAACUUGGGACUGCCCGGGGUUUGUAAGUAAUUGCACUUAGCUACACAUUGCAGGCAAAUGUCAAUGUUGUGCUUGAUUUGAAUAAAGCACAUUUCUAUGUAGAUAACAUUUGUAAAAAAUAUUUACAGUAUUUAUUUGUAUAUAUUUAUAUUUUUCUGUAAUAUACAUUGUUCUAAGCUUAAAUGUUUGCUAUAUUUUUUAUGAUAACUGGAAUUUAGGAUUUUAAGGCAUUUUAUAAUUGUUUUUGAAAUUCUUUUUAAACCAUAACUGCUUAAACAGUUUACAAAACAUAAAUAAAAUUGUCAUAAAACAGAAAUAA